AUGUCUUCUAAGACAGACUCUUCCAACAAGGGAGGCUCCACUGUUAAAGCAAACAUAGCCAACAUACUGCCCAUGGCCUUGAUACAUUGGAAAAGCCCGAAUUCUUCGACGAGAAUCAUGCUAAUCCCGCUUAACUUAUUCGACUGGGACAACGAUGCUAACAAUAAAACAUUAAAAACGCUGUCGGUGAUUCGGGAACAUGCUGGACCAAUCGAGGCGUUCACUGAAAAUUUAAUGGACUCAACAGAACCAACAUCCUGUUACAGCGUUCCGCUGGCAUCCAACAACACAAGGGCACUGCUGGACCAGUUUUCCGGUCAUGAUGACGGGGCGGUGGUGGCUAAUGAUGAGGAAGCACCAAACUUGCGUGCUUUGAAAUCAUCGCAAGAGGGUUUCAAGGGCAACAGCGUCUCACGUUACGAGAAUCUGGAGCGCGCUGUCGCUGAGCAGGAUAUGAAUCGCAUCAAAGCACACGACUGCUUCGGGCGGGAUUUGGUUGUGUAUGUGCCGGAGAAUUCGGCCAUAUCUUCAAUGCAGCUGGCCUUCGAAAUGGACAUGAGCAACAUUCGCGACGAUAUUCUUAGCACUGAGGCCAUCAAGAACAUAGACAUGUUUAAGGCCCUCACACCGAAGUCUUUGAACGAUCCCACUUUGAAGAUGACAGUCAAUUUGGACCUGGGCAAAUCUGCUGUAGAGAAUAAAAUUCCCUUGGAUGUCAAUGCACUGAUUCAGGGCACUCUCGAAAUUGAUCCAUCCAAAUAUACACCAGGCGAGCUGGAAGAAAUUAAAGCGCCUACAGCAGCAAAUAUCUGCAGCGCGGCUUUAAAAAAGGGCUUUCCGGCGUAUAUCAGCCGAAUGUCGUAUUCCACGAAUUCGUCGGAAAAUAAGGAAGCUCCAGCUCGUGAUGCCCACAUUGUUUGCGUUCGCGAAGGUUCCAAGGGGUGUAUUUCACCUGGAAAUGCCGAGUAUCCGAAAUUUGAACCCAAGCCCAGUUCCGGAAAAUCGCCAGCAUCAAAAGAAGCUGCGCAAUCAGGCAAGGCUGGUGGUGCCUGCAUAUCUUCAGAAAUCUCGUUGCUCUCCUCCGAAAUAAUUGGUCACAAUUCUCGUGGUCUGAUGAGUUGUAAGGCGUACGCCCGAGCACUAGUUGAAGCAACGAAGCGCCGUGCGGAAAUCUCCAAGGACAAAUGUAAGCCGAGUGACAAAACAAAAAUUAAAAAGGAAGCGACAAGGAAACGGGAUAAAUGCGGUGAUACCAAAAAUCCAUGCACAACGCCAUUGUUGGACGAGUGCGGAAAAGAGCUGAAAAAGGACUGUCCAACUAGGAAAAAGGAGGAUAAGAAAAAGAAGAAAGAUCCUUGCAAGGAUGAUCCCUGUAAAAACGCGUCUAGUAAAGAUAAGGGGACAUGCCGAAAACCGGGCUCUUCGAUGCCCUGUGGAAGUAACAAAAAGAAGCAGGAAAAGGAUAAGGAAAAGAAGAAAGACAUUUGUGGAAAUUCGGAAAAGGGGAACAGAUGUCAUAGUGAGACGGACGCAUGCCGCACAGAGAAAGAUGACUGCCCGAAACCAAAAAAGGGAAAGUGUAUUUUGGAUGAUCCAUGCAAAGACCCCUGCGAAAAGGAAAAGAAGAAAAAACCUGAAACAAAAAAGAACUGCUCCUCUGCUACUCCCCUUUUAAAUAGCGUAAAGUCUCCGCUUCCCAAAAAGCAAGAAGCCGUAGCUUCCGAUAAAGAAACAAAAUGCCAGCCGGUGACGAGUCUUUCGGAUGUGAAAAAAUCAAAAUCCUCUUCAAACUGUGAAACGUCAGCGAAGAAAUCCAAGAGUGCCAGUGACAUAAAAAUGUCAGACAACAAAUGCAAAACCGAGCCAAAGAAAUCUAGUACUACAUCUUGUAAGCCGCCCGGCAGUAAAUCGGACUCUGGUGCAUCUGAUUCCUCUCAAGCCAAAUGUAAGCCAUUUAAUAGUGUUAGUCCUAUGAAAGGCAGUAAAUCUAAGACUGGAUCACCUAAAAAGUCCGCCUCCGACUCAAACUGUAACGAAACUAAGGAUGGGAAAUCAGAUUCAACUAACAAAGAAAAAUGUAAGCGAUACGAAGGUUUCUGUACCAACCAGAAAUUAAACUCCGAAAAAUCGGAAAGCAAAUCGAAGCAAGUCAAAAAUUUAUCUGACCUGAAGAUAUCGAAAUCGUCCUGUUCAACAGACGAAAAGUCCGGGGACAAAUCUAAGCCAAUCAUAGAUCUAUGCAAUCUGAAGAAGUCGAAAUCUACUUGCGCGACAGAUAAAGAAGAUGACGGAAAGAAAUCUGAAAGGGCCGCAAGUAAAUGUAAGCCUGUAAAAAGUUUAUGCGACGUGAAGGAGUCAAAAUCUUCUUGCUCAACGGACAAAAAAGUGGACGGAAAGAAAUCUGAAAGGGCCGCAAGUAAAUGUAAGCCUGUAAAAAGUUUAUGCGACGUGAAGGAGUCAAAAUCUUCUUGCUCAACGGGCAAAGAAGCAGACGGGAAGAAAUCUGCUAAGUCCAAAAUCGAAUGUGGAACUUCUAAAUCAUCACCAUCAAAGUCUGAUUCCAAAGACAGCUGUCAGAAAAAAAAGCCAACAGCGCCCAAGUGCAAGGCCAAGCCUGGUUCAGGUUCAGGUCCGGGUGCAGCUUCGGGAUGCAAAAAGUACAGCACGUUGACGAACCCCAAAGCAAUUACUGAAAUUUUACCGGUUAAGCGCUUCUUCAGUACCAUCUCGUCAUAUUAUGUUCCGCAUGGUUUAAUGCCGUGGAGACAGUUUAGUUCGAAGAAAAGUGCAAAAGGAAAGAAGAAAGAUAGCAAAAGUUCGGGGAUGUGCAUGAAGCUUCAAUCGAAAUCAAAGGCCAAACGCACUGAUAAACCUGAGCGAAAAAAACCAAAGACGGACUGUUAUGCUGACGUCGAGACGUGUCAAGAGGCUGGUUGCAAGGAUCCUCAGAAAUCUAGCUGCGGCAAAAACAAGAAGGUAAAUAAGAAUCUCUCACCUCUGCGCUUACGAACUUGUCUUCAAAUUGCCGGUCCACUAUCCUCCCUAAAAGGAAGAUGUUAUGGAUCAGAUACUCAUAAGGAAGGACAAAUCGGAUGCUAUGAAGAGACAAAAACUAUUGAACAAUGUGAAAACGAUAACGACAGUGACGAUUGUGAUUCUGAAGAUGAAAGUGAAAGUGACGCAAAUCUAAUAAAUGAGACAAGAAACGAAGUGAUAAGAAUAAUGGAGCCAUCUACCGUUGAAAGAUGUUUGGAAGCCAUGCCAAAUUUUAGUGAAUAUGAUGUACUUGUGCGCACCGAAGCCGUGGCACUCUCUGGCUCAGACCUGCAUUACUAUGAAACUGGAGGCGAAUCAUAUCCCGGCAUGACGCUAGGUCACGACGCCACUGGUGUGGUAGAAGAAGUUGGCUGUUCAAUAACGAAGCUACGCCCUGGGGACCGCGUUGUUAUAGAAUCGGGCUUAGCUUGCGGCAUAUGUGACUAUUGCAAGAAGGGCUGCUACAACAUCUGCAACCAACUAGUUUUCAAUGGGUUUCUCCGUAAAUACCAAGUACACCCCGCCGACCUCUGCCACAAAAUACCAGACGACGUCGACAUGAUCGAAGCGACUCUGACACAAACUCUGGCCCUUGGCUGCCAGGCGUGUUUCAAAGCCCAGGUGCUACCCAAUACAAAUUUACUGGUUAUCGGCGCCAGCCCCACGGCCAUAUCGACGGCACUAUGCGCACGGGCUAUAGGUGCCGGCAACAUCUGUGUGGCGUCUACGAUGAGGGAACCUCUUGAGGUGAUUCAGAAUACGUUUCACUUUAACUGUAUGAACUACGAGGCUGACCUGCAGUACGGCCUGAUAUUAAAGUGUUUGUAUAGCACGUUGCACGCCUGGCCAGAUGCUGUCAUAAACUGUGCCGUCUCCGAAAAGACCCUGAAUUUAGCAGUGAUGGCACUGAAGCCGUGCGGCGUUUGCGUCUUAGCGGAAUGCGAUACAGAAUGCGCAUGCUUUAAUGCAAUGGACGUGAUUAUGAAAAACCUGAAAUUGCUUCCCAGUUUCCGUUCCAUUAACAUGUUUCCGACUGCUCUGAAUUUGAUUGAUUGUGGUAAGGCGCCCAUUGGUCGGCUUAUUUCACGAGUGUUUGAAUGGCACCAGGUGGAGCAGGCUUUCCGGAAAGCGCUACACGAAUCGAAUGUCGGAAACAAAAAAGUUAUCGUAAGAUGUGCAGAGGAAGAAGAUGCGUACAGGAAGGAAGAUUGCAAAACCUGAUUAUUGAAAUUCAAACAUUUUUCUCUCAUAAAAAUUGU